AUGUGGAAUAUGAUGUGCGACGUGAUGCCCACUAUAUCGGAAGACAGUAUCAGUCAAAGGAGUUCGCAGUUAUCCGGUGAGGAUGCGAAUUUCGAGCAGUUGAUGGUAUCUAUGCUCGAUGAGCGAGAUAAGCUGGUGGAGAGCCUGCGGGAAACGCAGGAGCGUCUGGGUGACUCGGAGCUGCGCCUCAAGGAGGUGGAGAAGGAGAGGGAUUCGUUGCAUAGACAGAUCGCCGCCAAUUUGCCUCAGGUUAGUGUCUGGUUUCUUGAAGUUACUGCUUAUGUUAAGUGGAAAUUAUAA